AGGAUUUCGUUUGUGUUUUCUGUGCUGUGGACUGGUCGAACCCCCCAGGUUUUUACUUCUGAUCGACAGCAAUAACAGUUUUCACAAAUUUAUCCAGCAUUGAAUCUUUUGUCAACGUCUUUUCGCAAGGCUAUUUUACAAUUUCUAAACGAAUUUAUGUUUGCCUUUUAGUUUUAUGCAGUCUUUUUUUCCAUUUUUUCUGGGACUACAACAGUUGUAUGAGGAGAAGAUAAAGCCGUGACAGGCAGUUCUUUGUAAUCUCUCUGAAAACAAUAACAAGAGUAAGAGGACGAUUUUUGACGACCAGCAUCAUUUUUUUUCUGAGGAAACCACCAAAGCGAGACAAACUCGAACGAAAGAGAUCAAACAAAACGCGAAUCAGCAGCUACAGGAACAUUCUUCCACCUCAGACGAGACGAGUGGGUGACGGCGACGUAAAAAUCAGUUGUAGCAGGAGCGCGGGUGGUGCAGCGGCGCAGACACGAUAUAAGGUUUUUGUGAAAUUUGAGUUUUCACAUAAGAACUGGAUACUGGAAGGUGAUUGAUUUCGAUUUCGUAUCAACAGUUGCCUGUUUGUGACGAGACCACGUUUUCUUUUCUUUUGCGAAGUUCUGUCAAAAUGACUCACGCGAAGGGGCCUCCACGCUGCGACUUUUGAUUCGAACAAAAACAGGUGCGUCAGUAGAGAUUCUACGGAGGCUCAAGAUGAAGAAAACUACUUUUCCGCCGAGGCGGUCCACGUUCGUAGAGAGCUUGAAGCAGUGCAACAAAAUUUUGGUCUGCAGUGGCUUACUUUUCCUGGGAUUAUGCACUUGAAGAAACAUCAUGAUGAAAGUCAAGGAAGCUUCACGCUUUUGAGCCAGCGCAAUGAAUCAUACGUGGCGAUCUGUGUCUCGUUGGUCAUAGUCACUUAGACUCUCAUACAGUAACACAUUCAUAUUCAGAUCUUGUCGCAAAGUAAACCAGGAGAUAAAUAUUUGACGGACCUCUGGUAUGCUACAUCCAUCACGUGUGCGUCCCCGAGGAGAGCUCGUUCCGUGAUUAAGUUUGAUGUCUGUGAACGUACACAGACACCGCGGCGCAGACAUCAUGACCGCUGCCGCCUACAGAAUGGCGUGAUUCAGUACGUGCUGGCUCUGACACUGGUGAUUGUGAAGAGUUUACAUUCCAUAAAGUAACUGGCUGACCCUUUACAAUGACCGGGAGACAAGUAGCGUUUUGGCUAGGACAAAGCUCGACAGGAAGGAGGAAUCCGUCAGUGGACCCUACGGCUUGGGAGCCCCCAGGCCUGGAAUCACCCAGGGUUCUCCUGCUGCGAGAAUUGAGCAGCCUCGGCCGCUGUACGGGCAGCCGGGUGUAGUUGGUGGUGCUGGGCAUGCUCGGGCUCAGUCGGCGCCUGCUGCUGCCCGUGCUCGAACCGGUAGCGGUUCUCCACGUGCGCCACCGCGUUCGCCUGGUGUCUCUCCUGCUUCGAGCACCAGGAUACCAUCAGCACCAGGACUUGCAGGCUCUCCGCAUGUCCGUGCGUCUCUUCAACAAAGUGAGCUCUCCCUGAGCAGGUCGGGCCGCCGGGAAGAGGUGGGGCGGCCCGGAACUGUGACGAGAACCCAGCCGGCGGUAUCAAUCUAUCCUUUUCUGCUAUCUAUCCCAUCUUUAUCUAUCCUUUUCAAAGGGUUCCAAAAGAAACAAACGUGCUGCUGCACAGUCUGCCUGGCUAUGUUGCGUGAGAUUUCAUCUGAUUGUGACGAUGUACAGGAACUGAACGCUCUAUAAGUAUAAUCUUCCAUGUCUGAUUUGCCGCAUUCGAGGAACAUUCGAGAUUCACUGAUUUUCAGUUUGAUUGUUAUAGCGUAAAAAACUUGCUAUAUUAGCUGCAUACUUCAGGAGACAGUCACUCGCACACCAUAAGCUGCGAGCAAAGGGUUGAUUUUGAUCUCGUGCGCAUUAUUGUGGACCUAGGGCAAUAAGUAAGAGUAGAAACCAGAUGGUAUGCCUGAGGCAUCCAUGGGUGCCAGCAGAUUCCCUUCUGAUAAAUGCAAACCGACAGGGACGACCCAGCAUAUCCCACUCGCCGCAGGAGAGCGAAAAUACCAAACUGUUGGAGUCACCGAAGACACGGUACCCGAUCAGCGCUCGACCCUCUGGUGAUGCUCUUUCGCGUCCAAGGCCGACGCGGGUUUCAGGGGCGUCAACUCCUGCACCUUUUUCAACGCGCACAACUACAAGCCAAGGCCCACCUUUACCUCGAUCGGUUUCCGAGGACCAACAUGAACGGAUCUGGUUGGGAAACGAGAACCAAUGGGUCACACGGGGCACGGCGCCUUCUUCUUCCACCGGCAGAUACGGGGCAGGUGAUCUGGAUUCAGAUGGUCCUCCGAAAGAUCAAAAAUCACUAGAGCAGCAACUCGACGAUGAUGACGACGAAGAGCCAGACACUUACGUCGAGGAUGUGCGUAAUUUAGAUAUCAAGUGGCUAACGCGCAUCAUGUAUUGUUGCAAAUUUGCGAGCAACUGUGCAAAAGACGAUUGGUCAAGGAGGACAUAGAUCAUCUAUGCAAGCUACCUCAAAUGAAAACUUGAAGGCAGAAUACUGAAUUUAUUGUUCGUGUCUGUUGUAGUCGACGUCCUCCUACAGCUCAGGAUGCGCGAUACUGGUGAUGAUGAUUUUUCAUUCAAGGAAGUACUUACUCAGAUGAAGAUAAGUACCUGUUUAUUUUCAUCUUAGUCUCUGUUUCCGUGUUUGCUUGAUUUCUUUGUCUUUGAAUGGAUUUUGCAUGACAAUAUCAAUAGAGACGACACCAGAAACACGAACACAACUGAGGCCUUUUGUCUAUUAGAUGACAUCAUGCAGCGUGUGUGUGAUCGACGAGAGGAAUUCCGAAAGCUAUUCGUUUUUCAAAAGUGACGGCUGAUUCUUCGACAGAAAGGUCUUUUUGGUUCGCUUUGCCCAUCUGAGACUAAGUCUGACACAACUUGUGAAUGGCUGCAAGAGUUCUCAGGCUCUUUUGCUGCGGCAUUUAGAAAACUUGGCUUUUGCUGCAGUUUCUGCCUCGUGUUAAUACACGCUGGAGGGGGAAGAUGGAAACGAGAGCAAACGCAUGGCGUUUGCCAUCGUUUCUUCUCGUCUUGGGGUUUUUGUCCCCCUCCCUGUGGUACAAAUUCAAGGGGGGAGGUGGUCCGACGCAGGUUGAGUUUGAACCCUGAUUACACCAUCAAGUCAGGUUAUUCUGGGGCUGGUAUUCCAGUCCCUGGAGUGCCCGAGUGUGAAAGCGCAUGGGUUUUUUUGGACACAAGAAAACCCUGUGCUUUGUACAGCUUAGAGGAUUUCGACUAGGCUAUUCCUUUUAUUUAUUCAACGAUAGAGUUAGGAAUAGGUGCCCUCAGCCAGCAUGUUGUUUGCGCUAGUGCAACAGUGUAGAUAGGCUGCCUUAUGGUGAUAGAGACCUUUUGUCGCGUAAGCGUAACGAGAAAAGUACGGAGAGCGCCACGGCUUUUCCCAUCUGCAGCUCAGCAGAUACAGGCGGCAUGUUUACCACUUGAUAUUGCCUCACAACAAGGCCAAGGCGUUCUACUCCAGCGCGGACAUUUACGAAAAGAUGAACGAGGUCGUGCGACGACGAUACUGGGGCCUGGACAUUGCAAAAGAGGUGGAAGCACCGUUGUUUCAAUGGAUCAAGUACGGAGAGUGGGUCGAUCCAAGAAAAAAUAAACAAACACCAUCGAAGUACGAUGCGAACCAGAACAACGCCGAAAGAGACAAAAUUCUGGAUCCCAAUGAUAUGAAAGGCCGCGGUAAAAUUUUUGUGAGUGAAGUUAAGCGGAGAGUUCACGACGUCAAAAAAGAAUAUCUUUUUGAAAACCAAAAGGACCAAGGCAAAAUUGGAGAACACACGCAACGCUUCCUCGAGAAAAUGGCGAAAGGCUUCUGCACGUAUUUGCUCUUCAGCUUAUCUGAGCCACGGCCAAACUUUUACAACGGUGACGAGCGCUUGACAGGAGCGAUAAAUGCCGAGACUCUCGACUUCGGUGGGUACAUGGACGAGAAACGUCGUGAAUUUAUUGACCAUGAAAAUCUUGUUCUUCCAUGGCAGUACGCAUGGAGCAAAGCCUUCAGCGAAGACGCUGCAGCUGGCCCUUUGCGUAAGCUGUUCGAAGGAACGUCAGCUGAUGAUCGACGGCUGAGUGAUCUCUCCAAGCCGCUGAAGUUUAAAGCUUUGCGGUACCUCGACCCCCCCGCUGCCAACAAAAAAGAUUUUCUUGGGCGCCUCUUUGCUCGCGACAGCACGACCUUGCCAUCGGAGAGCUUCAUCAAAGUUGCUAGACAAGAAAUCGAGGGGGAGGAUGAAAAUCUUCGGCUAGACAACGUCAAAGAUCGAGAGGCACCAAAAUGGGUGGCGGGGCGCGUGGUGCAAGUUGCAGUGCAGAUAGGAAACGCGGUAUCUCGGCAGGAAGACAAGCACAUUGACAGACAAAUCAAAGACGCACUUGAGUAUGAAUGGAGAAAUUUGGCUAUGGGACUCGUGACGACGGCGCUGAAGCUGGUGGCAUAUCGCAUCGAUCGUGGAGAGGCGCCAAAAUACGAAGACACUGGGGUGUCACCUCUGAAGACCCAAUUACAAGGCAUCUUAGUCUAUAGUAUGCCAGCUCAGUGCUAUUCCGCCAGACUUGCACACAUCGCACACCGGCGGCCGCGCGAAUGAAUUGGCUGCAAAGACCUUGCAUGGCAUCAGAAGCACUACUUACUUUUCGCGUUUUGGUACUAGCCUAGCCCGCGGGAUUUUUCUGCGUCUCGGGCCGAUUGCCAAAGAUCCCCGCGGUCACAACAAGUGGUGCUGCAGUGCGCGUUCGGUCGCAUCAUUUUGAUUCAUUCUGGCAUAGCUUUCUUGUGGUCAUUGAAUCGCGAAUGUCUUUGCGUGGGGUGAGUCGGGUGCAACAGAACAGCAAUUUCUAUUUGCAAUGGCCUGAGUAAGUGUAAGAGGCUGGGCUGUGCCCUUACUAUACUUCUGUCCUGUCCUGGCCAGUUCCCGUCCAUUCGGCCAUUUAAUCCAAAGCGAUAGGGCCACCUAUCUAAGGCUAAAAAAAGGCCAUUUCUCAAAGUCAAACUCAAAAAUAUCGCGGGAGCCAGCUCGUGCGGUGUGCUACCAAGUCGCGGAUCUUAUUUUCUUGGCACAGACCACCUACUGCAGAAUUGGACGCGCAAUCGCAAGGUAUUCAUGACGGCGCUAGCCAAGCGAAACAUCCCGAGAACGAGUUUGGGCGCGGCUGCAGUCGAGGUGACACUAAAACGAUCACAAGAAGAGUCGGUGAGCCUGCCGAGCGGGGUAGAAGUAUUUAAAGAAAAGAUCCACCAGUUCAUGGAAUUCAAGGUGACGUCGAAAAUCUGGAAUCGCGGACGAGGACAAGAAGUGACAAUAUACGAGCGUUACAGUUACGGCGGCAAGCUCGCGCUGUCGCAAGAAGAUGAAAAGAAGGACAAAAAACGUGAGGACGAAGGGUUCUCGUCUGGUGGUCUUCGUCCAAAUGAGCAGAAGCACAGUGAUGAGGAAAACUACGACGUACAGAAUUUGUUCCGAUUUUAUUUUGUUCCUGUCAUUGUCCUGAGUGUAGUUGUACUUAUAAUAUUACGUUUAUUCGGGAGUAGCACACUAUAGGCCAUUGCGUUAACAUACACGUCGUGCGAAAUAUAGGCGAUAGCAUAAGGUAGGCGAUUGCGGCGCCGUACGAAACGCAGGAACUGCACAUGGUGCAUAGUGCUGCGGCCCAAGGUGCCUCUAGGUACAACCAACGUGAAUGAAUGACGCGGCUGCACCUGCAUGCAUGGCCUUUAGAUCAGCCCGAGCGUGAAAAAAGGCAUGAAAAUAGAUACAAAUAGAUGUUUCGAGGAUCACGAUUGCAAUAUGAAAACAAUAGAGCAGCUGCACAUAGUGCACUCAUAAUAAACGCUGACGCCCAAGAGCGUUUUCGUUUCAUGUAAUCUUGGCAAAUUGCGGCCAGUGUCGAGAACUCCCCUUCUCAGCUUUUGGCCCUCACUCUAGCUAGCUUGGAGCUGCCUUACAACUCCGAUGCAUGCUGUGGCCCUUCUGCAAAUUCAGGGCUGGGUCAUUCCUCAGACGCUACGGCUACACAGGCCACCAUAUCUAUGAAGUAGUUCGGUGCUACGAUGUUGACGAUGACACGAAUUCCUGAGGCAUCUGGCCUUGGCGUCCCGAGUCAUUAUCGCCAGUGCCAUUUUUGUCUCUUACCAGACGAACACGAACACCGGCGAGAUGCUCCGCGUAUACCUCGAACUCCACUUCUUUAGGUCCUGAUGAUUCACGGCUUGAUUACUUGCCCACUACCACAUGAACAAGAGUCAGCGCCAAACCACCAGAAGAGAGCACGCUCGCGCUGAACCUUAGCGCACUUCGCAAUGGCGUAGGCGUUUGGGUUGGGUGCAUUGAGUGGCCAGGUUCAUGGCUUGAGGAGCAUCUUUGGGCUUGUAGGCUUCCUCUUCACAUCAACUGAUUUCAAAAGAGGACAACUGUGGGGUUUUGGGUUUUCUGCGCGGGCGGAUCCGGUUUUGUUUGUCCCAGUGGACGAGCGGAUCAGCAAUGCCCGGCCAGCGGCGAACUGCAGCAUUUUUCUGUUCCAGUCUUCUUGCUUUCUGCCUCAGCGUACCACCUUCAAUUUCUGUCUGUAAAGAUGCUUGCACUACCCAGAAGCUGCAACAGCACUUCGCUAGGGUAGAAUAAAGCGAGCGUGGGUGAUGAGACUGUGAAACGGAUACUACUUAGCUGGAUACCAGGAAGUCGGUAUAUUUAAGUAUAUACAUCAUCAUACAAGUAAGUCGAAGCCACGAAGACGACACUGCUAGACAUCAAUCUUAAAACCAACGUCCACAACAGGCUCAUCCGGCGUUGAAUGUGAUUGAGACCCAGCUCACUGCAGGGGAAUAUGUGAUACUGAUGGUGUCCAGCAGGAUGUUUGGUUUCGGCAAUCCGCACCUGUACCGGGUGAUGGAGUUCUCGUCCAUCGUAGGAGGCAUGCGAGCCUACUGGCGCGAUGGCUACCAUUCCUUCAAUUGCCAGUCCUUUCUAUAUUUCAUAACAAACCUCAUUGAUCACAAAAACGCAAAGGAUGACAUAGUCGACAGGAGAAGUCUCAGUUUUCGCACCGGUAUGGCGCGGAGCUUUUCGCCACGUGGUAACGAAGUUUUUGACUCAUUUGAUUGGUUUCGUUUCUUUCGACCAGCAGAAGCAGAUGGAAGUGAAGAUGAAGAAAAGCCAGAAAAAGUGCGGCACAUGCCUACGCCACUGCCGGAGCUACCUCGUCCGCCGCGGUCUUCGGAGCUACCUCGUCCUCAGUAUUUUUCUGCUGCAGGCGAUUCUCGACUCCGCGACUACGGGAGUGCUGCUAGGCAAAGACACGACUCUCUUUUCAUCUCGGCGUAA